AUGGCAAAAAACGCAAAUGUGUCAAAAAACGCAAAAGUGGCAAAAAACGCAAAAAUGGCAAAAACGAAAAAAUGGCAAAAUCGCAGAUAUCGCAAAAUCGCAGAUAUAGCAAAAACGCAGAUUUGGCAGAAACGCAGAUUUGGCAAAAAGACAGAUUUGGCAAAAAAGCAGAUUUGGAAAAAUGACAGAUUUGGAAAAAAAGCAGAUUUGGCAAAAACGCAGACUUGGCAAAAACGCAGAUUUGGCAAAAACGCAGAUUUGAAAACCAAAUAUGGGAACAAACUAAAAUAUGGGAACAAACGCAGAUACAGGACAGACGCAGAUACGGGACAGACGCAUAUAUGGGACAGAUGCAGAUACUGGACAGACGCCGAUACGGGACAGACGCAGAUACGGGACAACGCAGAUUCGGGACAAACGCAGAUACGGGACAAACGCAGAUACGGGACAAACGCAGAUAUGGCACAGACGCAGAUACGGGACAGACGCAGAUAUGGGACAGACGCAGAUACGGGACAGAUGCAGAUACGGGACAGACGCAGAUACAUGACAGGCGCAGAUACGGGCCAGACACAGAUACGGGACAGACGCAGAUACGGGAUAGACGCAGAUACGGGAAAGACGCAGAUACGGGAAAGACGCACAUAUGGGAAAGACGCAGAUAUGGGAAAAAUGCAAAUAUGGGAAAAACGCAAAUAUGGAAAAACGCAAAAAUGGGAAAAACGCAAAUAUGGGAAAAACACAAAAUAUGGCAGAAACGCAAAUAUGGCAAAAACGCAAAUAUGGGAAAAACGCAAAUAUGGGAAUUAUUGCAAAAAUGGGAGAAGAUAA